AUGCUCUACAACAGCCAGUACAUCCAAGACAAGGAGGCCAAGCGCCGCGCGCGCGAGGAGCAGCUCUUUCGCGAGACGUACCCUGCUCUCUACGCCACCGAGCAGCGCCGCAAGGCCAAGAAAGCGCGCGUCGCGGUGCCGAGCUCCAAGCCGCAGCCCAAGAAGACAGCCGUGGUCCGUCCCACGACUACGACAACCAAGCCUGCUGUCGCUGCCCGCAAGAAGACACCCGCAGCGACACCCGCAGCGACAAUAUCGCCAGCGGCGCACCGGACCAUUGACGAGCAACACGCGACCAUUGCACGCCUGCAACAAGCCGCUCAACCCGAGACCCGAACGACCCUCGACACGAUCAGCAUUCCGACUGCACCAGUGCCUACGCCUGUGGCUGAUUCAGCCGCCAUCCAAGGUGACACCAACGCGCAGAGCUCCGAAACUAAGUCGUCGAUGGCGAUUUUACAGCAAGCCAUUCUUCACCAAGCGCCGACCCUCCACCGUGUUCUUCGGACGAGCAACUUCCUGCACGCGCCGCCGCUGCUCUGGACACCAGAUGAGCGUGUUGCAGCGAUCGAUACGCUGGUCCGCGCCAUCACCGCGAUCGAGAUGGGGCAGCCGAUGGCGCCCGAGCCGUACUUGGUCCUCGUACCAUGCCCUUCGGGGCGACGGGACGUGGCGCUCGAGUUCGAAGAGACUUUGCUGCGCGGUUUGAUGGCCAGAGCUCGCAAGUUGAGCCUAUUGUAG